AUUUGUCAUGAGUGCUGGUUCUGAAAAGACUGAUUUUCAUUAGUAUUCUGGCUUUUUAGAUGAGAAUAGUUGUACGCAGGACAUACAGACUUGUACACGAUGGGAGCCAAGAAUUCAGUCGAGCAGCCCCAGCAGUUGGAGGAGGCUGUCCGGGAGUGUGAGGACCUGAAAACGGCAUUGGGAUCUCUAGAAAAGGAGCACGCAGAAGUGGUCGGUCAGCUGGAACUGCAGCGCUUGGAGCUGCGGCGUCUGGAGCAGCAGAGCCAGAGGAGCAACGAGAAUGUUGUGAGCGUCUACGACGAAAGCGUUAUGUGCUCCAUCUGCUAUGAGCCGUGGGCGAUUUCCGGCAACCACCAGCUGGUCUCGCUGUGCUGUGGACACCUCUUCGGAGACCAUUGUGUUCGCAAGGCUUUGGAAAAAUGUAAAUACUGCCCGCAGUGCCGCCGUAGAGCCGCCAUGAGGGACAUACGCCCCAUACACGCACAUCGAGUGUGUGCGAUCGACAAUAGCGAGAAUCAGUCGCGAGUCGGAAAGCGGACACUCUGUUCAUCAAUUGAGCCCGAAAACUCAUCAUCAGAUGAGUCCUUCAAAAAACCAAGGCUCCAAGACGACUAAGAUAGCGAUAUUUAUUUGUUCCAGCCCACCAACCAGCAGCUCGUUUGUAACUAACCAUUCAAUUUUGACUUUAGAACGGUAAAGCUGCCCAAUAAAAAGAGUUAUUAAAUUAA